GGAAGUGGACUGUCACUCUGGCUGUGUCCUUGUUAGCUAACGAGCUAGUUAGCUGCCACAAUAGGCGAGCAAAUGUGUUCCUUUUGGAAAGAUGAAUCAAACCGUGCUUAAAGAGACAUUUUGAAAGAGAUUAGUGUUAACCCGCUGUUGAUAACGGCGCCAUGUUGCGUGUCGGGAGUAAAGCUGCCUGCGUGGCCUGCAGGAACCUGGUCUCCACCAACAUGGGAGUGAGAUUUCGGGUACCGCUGCAGAAGCUGCACCCUCUAUCCCGUGCCAUCCACCACCGCUACUCUGGAAACACCAACCCCCAGCGUCCACCUCAUCGCACGGCAGCCCGCUAUUUUACCUCCAUGUCACGGUUGCCCAUGCGGCCUCCCAAGCCUCCCCCAGGGUCAGGGGGCCGUGGCCACCAGCAGCAGCGCAACUUCUGGGUGGCCCGCCUCGCUGCCCGGCUGCUAAGGCUUCGAUACAUUCUGCUGGGGUCCGCAGUGGGAGGAGGAUACACUGCUAAAAAGACCUAUGAAGAGUGGAAGGACAUGCUGCCUGAUUUUAGUGAAUACAACUGGGUCAUUCCUGAUUUUGUCUGGGAACUGAGUGAACAAAUUGAUCUUGAUAAACUGGCCAAAGCUCUUCCAGAGAUGGAGGAAGUAGCCAAACUACUACCUGACUUCGACAAGAUAGGCGAGAACUUCACUUUCCUCAAAAGCCUCCUGUCGUCUGGUGUGAGUUUGGGUAGUGAAGUCAAAGGAGCUUCUGGUCUGCAUCUGUUGUUAGAAACCUCAGGCGAUCCUCCACUAAAAGCCACAGACUCCUCUGCUGCAGCCACACAAGAUGGCAGCGACAAGCAGUACAAAAAGGGUCUGCUCGGCGAGCUCAUUCUUAUUCAGCAGCAGAUCCAGCGGCACGAGGAGGAGGUCCGGCGGGCCGCGGCAGCCAAUAGCGCGCGUCCCCCACCGCCAGAGCCUGCUCCCAGUCCGCCUCCGAACCCGAGCCCCCCUCAACAGAAACGCAAGUCAUCAGACAAGGAAAAGAUAGACCAGCUUCAAGAAGAACUUCUCCGUACACAGCUAAAAUAUCAACGGAUGCUGGAGAGACUGGAGAAGGAGAAUAAAGAGUUAAGGAAGGUGGUGCUGCAAAAAGACGAUAAAGGGAUUCAUCAAAGGAAAGUGAAGAAAUCCCUCAUUGACUUGUAUUCUGAAGUGCUGGACAUCUUGUCUGACUACGAUGCCAACUACAACACCCAGGACCACCUACCCAGGGUGGUUGUGGUCGGGGAUCAGAGUGCUGGAAAGACGAGUGUGCUGGAGAUGAUAGCCCAGGCCAGGAUCUUCCCCAGGGGCUCAGGAGAGAUGAUGACCCGCUCUCCUGUCAAGGUAACACUAAGCGAAGGCCCCCACCAUGUGGCCUUGUUUAAGGACAGUGGCCGAGAGUUUGACCUUACCAAGGAGGAGGAUCUGGCUGCACUGAGGCGUGAGAUUGAGCUGAGGAUGAGGAAGAGUGUGAAGGAGGGACAGACCGUCAGCAGUGAGACAAUAUCCCUGAGUGUCAAAGGCCCCGGCAUCCAGAGGAUGGUGCUUGUUGAUUUACCAGGAGUCAUCAGUACUGUGACUACAGGCAUGGCAACAGAUACUAAGGAAACCAUCUUCAGCAUCAGCAAGGCCUACAUGCAGAACCCCAAUGCAAUCAUCCUCUGUAUUCAGGAUGGCAGUGUGGAUGCAGAGAGGAGCAUUGUCACAGACUUGGUGAGCCAGAUGGACCCCCAGGGGAAGAGGACCAUCUUUGUCCUGACCAAGGUGGACUUGGCUGAGAAGAACCUGGCCAGCCCGAGCAGAAUCCAGCAAAUAGUCGAAGGAAAACUGUUUCCCAUGAAGGCCCUGGGCUACUUUGCAGUGGUGACCGGAAAAGGGAGCAGUGGUGAAAGCAUAGACUCCAUUAAAGACUACGAGGAAGACUUCUUCCAGAACUCCAGAUUACUAAGGGACGGCAUGCUGAAGCACCACCAGGUGACCACAAAGAACUUGAGUCUGGCCGUCUCUGACUGCUUCUGGAAGAUGGUCAGGGAGUCUGUUGAGCAGCAGGCUGAUGUCUUUAAAGCAUCUCGCUUCAACCUGGAGACAGAAUGGAAGAACAACUAUCCUCGUCUGAGAGAGCUGGACAGGAAUGAACUCUACGAAAAGGCCAAAAAUGAAAUCUUGGAUGAAGUCAUUAGUUUGAGUCAAGUGACCCCACAACACUGGGAGUCCAUCUUGCAGAAGAAGCUGUGGGAACGUGUUUCCACCCAUGUGAUUGAGAACAUCUACCUGCCUGCUGCCCAAACAAUGGACUCGGGCACCUUUAACACCACCGUCGACAUCAAGCUCAAGCAGUGGACCGACAAGCAGCUUCCACACAAAGCACUGGAGGUUGCCUGGGAGACGCUGCAGGAAGAGUUUGCCCGCUUCAUGGCUGAAUACAAAGGCAAAGACCAGGACGACAUUUUUGACAAGUUGAAGGAGGCUGUGAAGGACGAGAGCAUCAAGAGGCACAAGUGGAAUGAGAGGGCCAUGGACAGCCUGAGGGUGAUCCAACACAAUGCCCUAGAAGACCGCUCCAUCACAGACAAGCCUCAGUGGGAUGCAGCAAUACAGUUCAUGGAGGAAACCCUGCAGUCACGCCUCAAAGACACUGAGUCAGUAAUCAGAGAUAUGGUGGGUCCAGGCUGGAGGCAGAGGUGGUUCAACUGGAUCAAUCGCACACCAGAUCAGCACAUUCGUAAUGAAACGAAAAAUGAGCUGGAGCGCUUGCUGAAGUUACACGAUGAGCAUACAGCCUACUUGGCCAAUGACGAGGUCACCACAGUUCGGAAGAAUCUGGAGGCGCGAGGAGUUGAAGUUGACCCUGUGCUGAUCAAGGACACGUGGCAUCAGCUGUAUCGACGACACUUCUUGCAGAAGGCGCUGUCUCACUGUAACCUCUGUAAGAGAGGUUUCUACUACUACCAGAGACACUUUGUUGACUCUGAGUUGGAGUGCAAUGAUGUGGUACUGUUCUGGAGGAUCCAGAGGAUGCUGGUCAUCACAGCCAACACUCUCCGACAGCAGCUCACCAAUACUGAGGUGCGCCGACUGGAGAAAAAUGUGAAGGAGGUGCUGGAUGACUUCGGGGAGGACAUGGAGAAGAAGACCCACCUCAUCACUGGACGCCGAGUCCAGCUGGCCGAGGAUCUCAAGAAAGUUCGAGAGAUCCAGGAGAAACUUGAAGCCUUCAUAGAAGCUCUUCACAAGGAGAAAUAAGAGAACCAGAACUAUUGACAGUAAAUGUAUGGAUCACAACAGAUAAAUGCACUGAACAAAGACAACUCAAUCUGUAAAUGACCGCCAUCGCGCCCUGACCCCGCCCACACCUCUCACUUGAUUUUAAUACCCACGGCUUGGCUUCCUGUCCUCUUUGAUGCUGACGGAAACGUGGACCUGAACUGAAGGAAACAGUUUUCACGCUCUCUCUCUUUGUUUUCUCUUUCGAACUGUCCUGGGCCGAGAGGGCGGGACUUCUGCACAGGAGCCCAAACAGCAUCCGAUCGGGAGGAAAACGAGAAGCGUUCACAGUGCCGUCAGACACCUGACCUCUCAUUUUCAAUAAAUGAGGAUUGUGCUCAUGUUUAUCCCCUCCAGUUUUUCUUUUUUUUUUCCAUCUGAUGGUGUCUGUGUACGUGUGAUUAGAAGAGUGUGUGUCUUCACUGAUCUCUGUACAAAGAAACACCAUUGGCGCUGUUCCUGAUGGGUGAAACAGCCUUGAAUUUCAUAUCCUUAUCUCGCCUGGUGCUCCUAAAAUACACCAUGGUCCCCACCUGGUAUACGUUUUUUACAUUUACCAGCUCUUUUUAGUUGCACUUAGGGUCCAAAAGCACUUACGUUAUCAAUCCAAACUGCAGCUCUGCUCUGCGUUUAUGCUCCACAUACACUUAAAUAUGACAGCGUUUAGCUCCAGCAGAGGUUUACACCUGAAAUCUAUAAAAAUGAAAGUAGCUACCUGGUGUAUUAUUCAGCUUCCCUCCUCUCAAAGCUCACCACAACCACUCAUUAACAAUCAGUCCAGCUCUGAAAUUUACGGAAACAAUGUUAUGCAUAGAUUUAUUUCUUUAAAAAUUGAUCUAAUGGGGUUUAUUUGACAAUACAAUGUUUUUACGUCUGCCAAAUGCUUGUAAUGUCCUGGUCAUGCCACUUUUUGUUUCUGUCUUUGUCUCUUUGUGUGUGUGAUGUUUGCACUUGCAUUAUUGUACAUUCACUUUUCAUCUGUACUCUCCUCAUGUUGCAGCUGACUGAUAAUAAUACAGCUUCCAAACAAAUGAUAGGACAUCCUCUUAAACGGUAAUUCACAGGGGAAGUUGGGGUUGUCUCUAUGUGUUUCCGAUCCGCACCAGGUUUGACGUCCUUAUGUUUAUUUGGCAGCACAGUUAGGUCUAUCUUUAUGAACUCAGCACAGGUGCAGCUGCACUUUUCCUCUCCUGUCUGUGACUAAAUGGUCAUUUAGAUCUUACACCUCUUGCUGCGUGAGGAACGAGAUCACACAUCCAGAAACUGAGAAAAACAGUUAUCGUCCUUUGUAAAUGAACAGGAAGCUCAAGGUUAAGAAAACAGAUAAAUAUCUCACAUGCUGGUCAGUAAUUUUAAACUGAAAGUGUACGCUUUUGUCAUCUCACUGAUUCCUCUACAAGUCAAAGUCCAGGCUGGACGUCUGCACACUGCACCCAGUCUUGUGCUUCUUCCUCGUUCUCAUCUUGAGCCCCUUAUCUCACAUCUCUUCUGACACUUUGCAUCACCCACGUAGCUUGAAAAACUCUGACCGAAAUCGGGUUGAGAGACUUGUCUUAACCCUAUCAAUUCAUUCAUGUGUAUAUGGGUACAGUACAUAAAUAUAUAUAUAUAAAGUAUAUAAAGUUAACGGGAAGUCGAGCUACUAUCAUGUACAGCACGUGUUUGCAAAUUGAGCAACUUGUGUAACAGAAAAUCGGUGGGUUGGUUCAAAACAAUGUUUUAUGUUGUAGAAAGUAAUGUUUGCAUGGUGUACCCCAUCAGAUGUGCUUUAUUUAUUAAAUUUGUGUUUAAAAGAAAAAAAAAAGUGAAUAAAAUUGACAAAUAAAAAUGACCUUUUUUCAUGA